GUCGCCGGGCGGGAGGCGAGCCGCGCCGAUGCCGAGCUGCACCGCGUCCACCAUGCCGGGGAUGCUCAGCAAGAACCCGGACCUCGAGUUCGACUCGCUGCAGCCCUGCUUCUACCCCGACGAGGACGACUUCUACUUCGGCGGCCCCGACUCGACCCCCCCGGGGGAGGACAUCUGGAAGAAGUUUGAGCUGCUGCCCACGCCCCCGCUGUCGCCCAGCCGCGCCUUCCCCGAGCACAGCCCCGAGCACGCCGGCUGGGCCACGGAGAUGAUGCUGCUGCCCGAGCCCGACCUGUGGGGCAACCCGGCCGAGGAGGACGCGUUCGGCCUGGGGGGCCUGGGCGGCCUCACGCCCAACCCGGUCAUCCUGCAGGACUGCAUGUGGAGCGGCUUCUCCGCGCGCGAGAAGCUGGAGCGCGCCGUGAGCGAGAAGCUGCAGCACGGCCGCGCGCCCCCGGCCGCCAGCCCCGCCGCCCCGGCCCCGGGCGCGGGCGCCGCCAGCCCGGCCGGCCGCGGGCCCAGCGCGGCGGCCUCGGGGCGCGCCCUGCCCGCCGAGCUCGCGCACGCGGCGGCCGAGUGCGUGGACCCCGCCGUGGUCUUCCCGUUCCCGGUGACCCAGCGCGAGCCCGCGCCCGCCGCCCCGGCCGCCGCCCGGCCCGCGGGCACCCCCGGCGCCGGCGCCGCGCCCCCGCCCGGAGCCCCCGCGGCCGCCCCUGCGCGCGCCGGCGGCCGCCCGGCCGGCGGCGGGGACCCCAAGGCCCUGAGCACCUCCGGCGAGGACACCCUGAGCGACUCAGAUGAUGAAGACGAUGAGGAGGAAGACGAGGAGGAGGAGAUAGACGUGGUGACCGUGGAGAAGCGUCGCUCCACCUCCAACAGCAAGGCGGUCACCACCUUCACCAUCACCGUGCGCCCCAAGAGCGCAGCCCUGGGGCCAGGGCGCGUCCAGCCGGGCGAGCUGAUCCUCAAGCGCUGCGUCCCCAUCCACCAGCAGCACAACUACGCCGCCCCGUCCCCCUACGUGGAGAGCGAGGACGCGCCGCCCCAGAAGAAGAUGAAGAGCGAGGCCUCUCCGCGGCCCCUCAAGAGUGUCAUGCCCCCCAAGGCCAAGAGCUUGAGCCCCCGCAACUCCGACUCGGAGGACAGCGAGCGGCGCAGGAACCACAACAUCCUGGAGCGCCAGCGCCGCAACGACCUUCGCUCCAGCUUCCUGACACUCAGGGACCACGUGCCAGAGCUGGUGAAGAACGACAAGGCCGCCAAGGUGGUCAUUUUGAAAAAGGCCACCGAGUACGUCCACUCCCUGCAGGCCGAGGAGCACCAGCUGUUGCUGGAGAAGGAGAAGCUGCAGGCGCGGCAGAAGCAGCUGCUCAAGAAAAUUGAACACGCUCGGACUUGCUAAACGUUUCUCAGAACCGGACAGUCGCUGCCACUUUGCACAUUUUGAUUUUUUUUAACAAACAUUGUGUUGACAUUAAGAAUGUUGGUUUACUUUCCAAUCGGUCCCCUCUUUCCACCCCCUUCUCCCCCCGUGGAGUUUGGAUCUGGGCGGGGAGCAGGACAGUGUGGGUUCUGCCAGGACCUCAGGCCAGAGCCCCCCCGAGCUGGGAUGCUGGGGGGCCCUGGCCGGUGCCUCCGUGUCACCUCCGAGACAGCGGGCGAAUCGGUGAUGGUCGGGAGCCUCUGGGGCUGUUGAAGUCACCUGCUUGUUCCAAGUUUCCAAACCACAGAACGUCAUUCCUUCUUUUUAAAAUGGUGCUUAAGUUCCAGCAGAUGCCACGUAAGGGGUUUGCCACUUGAUACCCCCCGGGGAACAUUUCUGUAAAUACCACUGAUACACCGCCUUUUGUAUGCGUCCUGGGUAAGGAGAGGUGGCUUUUGCAGCCAGUAUUAGACUGGAAGUUCAUACCUAAGUACUGUAAUACCUCAAUGUUUGAGGAGCAUGUUUUGUAUACAAAUAUAUUGUUAAUCUCUGUUAUGUACUGUACUAAUUCUUACACUGCCUGUAUACUUUAGUAUGAUGCUGAUACAUAACUAAAUUUGAUACUUAUAUUUUCGUAUGAAAAUGAGUUGUGAAAGUUUUGAGUAGAUAUUACUUUAUCACUUUUUGAACUAAGAAACUUUUGUAAAGAAAUUUACUAUAUAUAUAUGCCUUUUUCCUAGCCUGUUUCUUCCUGUUAAUGUAUUUGUUCAUGUUUGGUGCAUAGAACUGGGUAAAUGCAAAGUUCUGUGUUUAAUUUCUUCAAAAUGUAUAUAUUUAGUGCUGCAUCUUAUAGCACUUUGAAAUACCUCAUGUUUAUGAAAAUAAAUAGCAAUUAAA